UGAAUAACGUCUGUAUUAGGAUUAUCGAACGCCCGAGUAACGUCUGCUUCAGUAUGACUUACGACCGAAACGACCGAACAACGUCUAACAAACGUCUAACAAACGCCCUGAGUGCGUAUUAUAAAAGGCUAACUCCACCAAGUCAUUAUCACAACAGUCGUGGCAACUGGACAGUCAACAUCUUCAUUCCAUCAUGCCGGCUAGGAGAGGAGGUAAAGCAAAGGCCCAAUCGAAAGCCCCACCCAAGCGAGGACAGAAAACUCUCAGUCCUCCUCCCAGGGAUGAAUCAGCAGAGUCGAAUGCCCCAGGGGUCCUAGAGGUAACACCAGAGGAGGUCCCAACACCAGAGGAGGUCCCAACACCAGAUGAAGAGUCCCCCGAACUACAACCAGCACAAGGAGCCCUGGCAACAGAGAAGAAACCAAGGGGGGCCUUCAAGCUUAAAACACAGGAUAAUGAGGUCCUCGUGAUUGAGUGGGUCCAAGAAAAUCGCCUCCUCUGGGACCAAAAGGACCACGACUUCAAAAACAAGAGCAAGAAAGAUCGACUGUGGUCCGAGAAAGCCGAGGAGCUUGGUUAUGAAGUCCAGUUUCUCAAGACAUGGUAUACGGACCUGCGUGAUUUCAAUACCAAGCUCCUACGUGUGCAAUCGGGGGACGGAGCACGAACGUUCACUGACAGGGAACAGUGGGUUAUGGGACAGUUUCAGUUCCUGAAGGAAAGGAUCCGUCAUCGGCGACAUCCGUUGCAUAGUGUGCAGUCCUCAGCUGCGGCAAAGGAUGCUAUCGAGUCUGGGAACCUCGAAGAGGCUGAGCGACUUGCAACUGAACGAAGGAGGUCCCUCAAGGACAUUGACCAGGACUCGACUAGCAGCAACAGUAGCAGGAGCAGUAAGCGUCAGCGAGGGACUCAGGAGGAGGCUGACGACCAGUACCUUGAAGUCUUACGCAAGGAACUUGUUGAGUCCCAGACGCGACUUACUGCCCUGCAACAGAGGGAGCCGGACGACGAGCGGACUGCCUACAUGAAAUAUGUUAGCAAAGUAGUCUGCAAGAGUACUGAGGAUGCCUUUGACGACUUUCAGACGGUCUUUAUGGACUGGCAGGCCAGAUGGAAGGUCAAGAGACAGCAUCAGCAGAGGAGCCAGCCUCACACCGCGCAGCAUCAUUGGUACCCAGGGUCGUCAGAGUCCGCCCAGUGGCAGCCUCAACCCCACCAGUGGAGACAGCCUACACCACAGAUGCAAGCCACUUCAGUAUGGGGAAGUCAAUCGAUGGACUUCAUGCCUAACUCAUACUCUUCUGCUGCAGCUGGUGGUCCCUCUCAGUCUGGAUCUACCUCGUUAGUUCCACACACGCUGCAACACUUGGCUAGACCUGCGUCCACGACCACAACACUAACGGAUAUGACUGCACCGAUAUCAACCAAUUGUUCGUCACCACUCGUCGCAGCUCUUGACAGUAUGUACAUGAUCCGCACGCCAUCUUCAACCCGAUCCUCACAGGAAGACCUGACUAUCUCUGGGCUAUCGAAUAUUGAGCGUGGUGACAGAGACACGUCUAACAUCAGGCUUGACCCAUAAGGCUUCCGCUAACGGCGCCCAAUGAUCAGACUCAGAG